UGCAUCACUUCCUGUCUGUGGUGACCCUCCUCUAGUCUAGGCGAGUGAGGAGCUUCCUCUCUGGGGUGGUUCGACAUGCAAUGCCGAGUUGGGCGCUGUUCUAGGAGGCUGGGCGCCGGCUCUAUGGUCGCGCGAAGAGUGUCAGCUGCGAUGACGGGCCUGGCUGGGAGUGAGGCGAGUUUGGAUCUCGAUUGUCUCUUGGCCCGCGAGCUGAAAAGAGGAGCCCGGGCGGCGCGGGAUCGGAGGUGUUGAUGGGAUCCCUCUUUGCUGUCUCUAAGCACUGACAUGUGCGCUUACUGCUGUGGGACAUUGCUGGAUUGUGCAUAGUCGGCCAGGGGGCCCCACUUCAGAGAUGGCUCCACAGUUCCGCAGUUAUGUCUGGGAUCCUGUUCUCAUCGUCUCCCAAAUCGUGCUUAUGCAAGCGAUUUACUACAGCUCACUGGGGCUUUGGUUAGCUCUGGUGGACAGCCUGGUACAGAGCAGCCCUUCCCUUGACCAGAUUUUCAGUUAUGAGACUUUAGGGUUCUCUACUUCACCUGGGAGACUAUCCAUGAUGGCUUUUGUCCUGAAUGCGCUCACCUGUGCUGUGGGCUUGCUGUAUUUCAUCCGGCGAGGAAAGCAGUGCUUGGACUUCACUGUCACUGUUCACUUUUUCCACCUGCUAGGCUGCUGGAUUUACAACAAGCACUUUCCAACUGCCUUAACGUGGUGGCUCGUACAUAUUGUGUGCACAGCACUCAUGGCUGUGAUUGGAGAAUACCUCUGUAUGAGAACAGAACUGAAGGAAAUCCCAUUAAACUCAGCCCCCAAAUCCAAUGUAUAGGCUCUCAGAUGGACCGUCUCUCCUGACCAGCUUCAGCAUCUUGGUGCUAAGACAUAGAAUGUGAAAUUGCAGUGGAGGAAACCCAGCCUAUUCUAUCUUUAAAAAAACAACAACACUGACUGUAAGAAUGAGGUUCUGCAAUACCCCUAUGGGACAAGCUGAGCAAAGCAGAUGUAGCACACUUUCUAACACAUGUAGACAUGUCUGUGUCACUCGAGUGGCACAGAGAAGAUUCCGUGUUGGACAUCACAUCACAAAACGGAGCAGCUGAGCAUGUUUGGGAGGUGAGCGCUGGGUUUGGUUAUUGGAGCUGUUCUUUUCUGAGGAAUAGACAUCACUUGGACAUUAGGCUUCAAGAAUUGCAUGGUGGAAAUGUCACUUGAGUUUUCCCCAAACAUCGUACACAUGUUUUACUCCAGAGGCUCUCUUGAACUAAACAUCAAGGAGAUCAAAACCAUAUCUGAAGACUCAGUACAGUAUUUCUCAGUCAGCAGUUGUGAUCCCAGAAGGCUUGGUUACUCUUGCAGUUAGCAAUGAGGAAAAGUGGCUGUGUUGACUGGAUUGAAGAAACUAUUUGUCUAAAAUAAGAAUAAAGACUGUAAUUUUCCGUUGAAGCAUUACAGCUCACUGAUCAGGUAGGGUUCUGCUACUGCUUUACAUGGCAGCAGGGCAAGGGGGAAAGGAGCAGUCAGACCAGAAUAUCAGUAGAACGUGGAAACCUUAAAUCUACCAGCUCUAAAGAGCACACAGUCUCCUAGCCCUGUUGCAGUACCUAACAUGGAGGACUAGCUGUCAUUCAUAGCAAAAUGCUGAAUUGGUGUCUAGAGGUGCUGCAGGUGAGCCUUUUUGUCAUACAUUGCAACCAGUGCAUUGCCGUGGAGAUCUAGGCUUUCUUUCUGAGAAUCAAAUUCUAGUAUUUAUAACAAAGGAUGCUUAGAAGAAAUCUGGCGCUUUGGGGGAACAUGAACAGAACCGUUAUUUCGUUUCUUAACUGAACCACCAAGAAAUACUUGUGUUGCUUAAGAUGUCCAUUGUCUCCUUUGAUCAGAGGCCUGAAUCGCUACCUAACAUCUUGAGUCUCAUGCAACCCAAACAACUUCCUCCUUUCGCAAGGGAGGACCAGUCUGUCACUUGUCCAGCUGUACCUGUCAACGGAAUGGUCUGGAUUUUUAACAGUGAACUUUAUUUCCUUUCAGACCUGCCUCUGACCUUUCCUUUGUACAUCCAUAUUUGUGAAUGUUGUUAGUUUGUAUAAGUUAUAUUGGUAAGUUAAUGCUCGAUUUGUAUUGACUGGAGAGAUAAUUUUUGCAAACAGAAUUUGGUAAACCAUCUCUGAAAAUG